UAAAAAAAGAAUAUGGCGUCUCGUUAUUGUUUAGAAGUGCUAUUAUGUGAAGGACAGAAAAGAAUUCGUAUUUUUACAGAUUUCAUAGGAAAAAUUAAAUCGUAAAUACUUGUUCCAAGUACAUAAACAAUAUCCACCUGCCGUACGGUUCAUUGAAAAAACACUUCAAGUGGCACGCAACGAAAAACCAAGUUGAGAAUUUUGUUAUUUUUUCUAUGUGAGUCGUGAAAAAAAGCAAUUUUUUUUUGACAUUUCAUUUGCUACCACAUACACCGCAGUGAAUAAAAUUUUAAUAAAAAAAAAGUGGAAAAGACAUACAAUCGAAAAUUUACAAUUUUCUUAGCGUCAAAUCAAGAAAAACAAUCAAUCUGAAAAGAAAACAAAAAAAGUACUUGCAAUUGGUCGGCUUAAAUUAGUGUAUUUGAGUGAUAUUCUGCUGUAUGGUGCAAACAAAACCGAUUCAAUUGAAUAGCCCAUAGAAUUUGGAUUUUUCUUGUUCAUUUUGUUGAAAAAGUUAUGUUUUUGCAUUCGUCCCGAAAAUUUUGGUGAUAUUAAUUUGGAUGAAAACUUCGUUAAUUAAAAUUUAUUUAGGUUAUGGCAAAUUUAAAUUUUCAACAGCCUCCUAGAAGUAUUGCGACGACAUCACUGAGUAAUCGAAAUUCGGGUAGUUUUGGUGGUAGUUCGUUAUCGGGACAUGUCACUCCAACAUCCGGAAUGUUUCCCCAAAAUAAUGCCAGCUAUGCGCCAUCACAGCAGCCGCAACUGUCACCGAACCGAAGCAUCCAAUUGUCGGGCAAUGUUGGAGCACCACCGCAGAUCUCAAGUACCGGCCGGAAUAGUAUAUUCGGCCAACGAACGUUUCAGCAGGACAGAAGACCGAUGCAAGGUAUUGGCGGAUCAAUGGCAGCGAUGUCAACGUUCAUGCAAACUCGAGGCUAUGGUACUCAAAGUGGGAACAGUCUUAAUAAUUUCCAUUCAGUUUUUGGUGGCAGUGCAGGCGAUUCUACGGGAACACCACCGCUGCUUGAUCUCUCUGAAUUUCCAUCCCUCACGAACGCGAGAGGAAAUGACUCAUUACCUCAAACGAAUGCUCUGCAACCGCCCGGCAGUAAACCUUACGUCCGUUAUCUAGUGGGAAUGGUGAAACAACCAACGGCCGAACAAUCUGAGUUUCAAAUGUCCAGUGAAGAUUUCCCAGCAUUGCCCGGUACACAGAUCACCGACGGCACCUUGUCAACUAAUAGUUUGGGACUGCAUGAUGGUGCUGAUAAGGGGAGCGGAGGUGCUGCUGGCGUAGGAAUGGAUCUUCAAACAGAAUCAAUUUCGGGCAAUGAUAAGGCUUUUAAGCGUGGAGUUCAAACAUCACCUGAUGGCAAAGUCACAAACAUACCUGCUAGCAUGGUUAACAAUCAGUUCGGUAUGGUUGGAUUACUGACGUUCAUUCGAGCCGCUGAAUCUGAUCCGAACCUUGUAACACUGGCAAUGGGACAGGAUCUGACUGGUUUAGGUUUAAAUUUAAAUUCACAAGAAAAUCUGUAUCCUACAUUUGGUGGCCCGUUCUCGGAUCAACCGUGUCGGCCUCAAGACAUCGACUUUCACGUACCACCCGAAUAUUUGGUCAACAUGUCGAUAAGAGACAAGCUGGCCAAUUUGACGUUGAAGAAAUACAAAGACGAUUUGCUCUUCUUUCUAUUUUACGGAAACGUUGGAGAUUACAUGCAGUUGGCGGCCGCUGCCGAACUUCAUAGUCGAGACUGGCGAUAUCACAUAGAGGAGAAAGUUUGGAUAACGCGAGCUCAUGGCAUCGCUCAUUACGAAAAGAAUGGCAACACCGAACGGGGUACAUUCUACUAUUUCGAUGCGCAGAAUUGGCGACGUGUGCCAAAGGAUUUUCAAAUUGAUUCUAGUAAACUAGACAAAUGUCCGAAUUUAAGUGCGAUAGUGGGCUUAACUGGUCAACCUGUGUAAAAGUAAUGAUAAAAAAGAAGAAGAAAAAAAAACAAUUUAAAAACAAAAAAAUAAAAAUGAUUUUUGCAUUCUAAGACAAAAA